AUGAAUCAAGACGGCAUGGCAUGGUGCCAUCGUUUAUCCACCUUCUUGAUUGAUAUGCUCCUGCAGUCCAAACAAUGGCGUUACUACGGAUUUGUUGAACUACAAGUAGAAGUUAAGUACACAAGUAAUAGGAACAAAACAGAAAGUUUGUUUUACGGAAGUGUAACUUCGAGUAAUUUUUAUCGAUCCCCCUAUAAUUUUCCAAUUCAUUUUCAUUUGAGGAAUUCAACUUCGACUGCGCAUGACAAAGUGAAGAAACUACGCAAAGAACCAGAGUAUCCAGUACGACUCCAAAAUGUCACAAGAACUGCAACCUUAUCAGAACGAGGGAGCCAGUACCCCCUCCUCCUCCACCCGGACAAGAAAUGGCACCAAAACAACCAAGAACUCAAUGCUCCGCAUCUCCUACGGUUUUUCCGACGAUCUCCAGUUCCAGCUCCCAAUUGCUUCUCCUGCGGUUGUGAAGAACAGCCUUAUCCUUCUUCUGAGAGAAAAAGUUCCCUUCUUUCCUGGUGGGACAAAUCGGUUGCCGCAGUAUUUUACCUACCAAAUGGAACUGGAUGA